GGAGGAGGAAAGCCUUGGAGUGUGGAGUGGGAAAGAGGCAGAGUGAGCUCCAUCUGUCUCUCUGUCACAGCCACACAUGAGCAGGGAAAGUUGGUAGUGUGGAAUUGAACCCCCCACCAGAGAAGAUGACGUCCCGCGGUCCGCCCUGGUUCUUUGGACUAUCUCUGCUGGUCCUGUGGUUCUGCUCGGCCCAUCAGCUGCUGGACGGCCGCGGCCCUCAGAGCGCCUUGGAGCUGACGGAGCUGAUCGGCGUCCCCCUGCCCCCCUCCGUCUCUUUUGUCACUGGCUUUGAGGGUUACCCGGCUUACAGCUUCGGCCCAGACGCCAACGUGGGCCGCCUCACUAAGUCCUUCCUCCCUGACCCCUUCUACCGGGACUUUGCCAUCACCGUCACAGCCAAACCAACCACCCGGCAGGGGGGCGUGCUGUUCGCCAUCACAGAUGCUUAUCAGAAAACGGUGCAGCUGGGCGUGGCUCUGUCUGCGGUGGAGGAUGACUCCCAGAGGAUCGUGCUGUACUACACGGACCGGGAGGCGGGACCGGGAACGCAGGAGGCAGCCUCCUUCAAGAUGGGAGAGCUGACGGGCAGAUGGGCACGCUUUUCUCUGAGCGUGAAGGGUGCAGAGGUGCGUCUCUACAUGGACUGUGAAGAACACCGUAAGGUCGCCUUCUCCAGGAGCGCUCGACCUCUGACCUUUGAGGCCAGCUCUGGGAUCUUCGUUGGGAAUGCUGGUGGAACUGGGCUUCCCAGGUUUGUGGGCUCCAUCCAGCAGCUGGUGCUGAAGUCGGAUCCCACGGCCGUGGACGACCAGUGCGAGGAGGAUGACCCCUAUGCCUCUGGAUACGGCAGCGGAGACGACAGUCCUGAGGAUGAGGAGGGAAAAGAGGAGGUGAAGAAGAUGGUGGAGGAGCGAGAAUAUGUGUCUUUUCCAGAUUUGGACUCAACCUACAGCGCUCCAGUUCAAGCCCCGCCCACUGAGGUGUCACUCAUCGACGAUGAAGAUGAAGAGACAAGGGAUGGUUCUGGACACAUGGAGGAGUCAGCACUGACAGUCCAGUCCGUUCAGACUGCUUCUCCUGAAUCUUUCUCUCCAGGACAGAAGGGGGAGCCAGGUCCCCCAGGACCCCCAGGACCCCCUGGCUCUCCUGGACGAGCUUCAGACGAAGGAGGGGUGCCCGGACCGCGGGGUCCACAGGGACCCCAGGGGCCUGCAGGACCCCCCGGACAUCCUGGACAAGAUGGACACUCUGGAGGUAAAGGAGAACCCGGUCCUCUGGGACCGCCAGGAUUCCCUGGGAUUCCUGGAGAGCCUGGUUCCAAAGGGGAAAAGGGGGAUGCUGGUGUGGGGCUGCCUGGCCCCCCAGGACCUCCAGGACCUCCCAGCAAGUCCCCUAAGAUCCCGGAGGGGUCUGGAUUUGAGGACUUUGACAGUGACGCAGAGAUACUUCAGGGCCCCCCAGGACCACCGGGACCCCCAGGACCACCAGGGCUUCCAGGAAGCCCGUCUGAAGACGUCUUCACUGGGCUUCCUGGCUCUCCAGGGAGAGAUGGAGAGAAGGGAGAAGCAGGUCUUCCUGGGAUUGAUGGAAAAGAUGGAGAAGCUGGGCCUGUGGGGGAGAAGGGAGAAAAGGGAGAGGCUGGCGUGAGCGGGCCACCAGGACCAAAGGGAGACCAGGGGUCCUCAGGGUUCCCCGGCCUGCCAGGGCUAGCAGGUCCAGAGGGACAGCCUGGUCCCAGAGGUCCACCUGGUCCUCCUGGACCUCCAGGACCAGCAGCAAAAGGCUUUGCACCAGUGUAUGAGGACCUGGAAGGAUCUGGAAUGCUGGAUGACUUUGGAACCACAUUGCUUGGAGGUCAUCAGGUUUCCCCAGGAAUUCCAGGACCUCUAGGACCGAAGGGUAAAGACGGAUUAGACGGCGUCCCAGGAACGCCGGGGCAAAAGGGAGAGCCGGGCGACGCUGGACCUCCAGGAACUCCUGGUUUGGAAGGACCAGAAGGAUCCCAGGGACCAAAGGGAGACAAAGGUGACCGAGGCCAAAAGGGAGAGGCAGGACGAGAUGGACUGGCUCUGCCAGGCCCCCCAGGACCUCCUGGACCUCCUGGACCCAUCAUCAACCUCCAUGAUCUUCCCCUGAACGACACUGAUGGUGCCUUCAAUUUAUCAGGAAUUUUUGAAGCCCAGGGACCCCCUGGACCACAAGGUCCAAAGGGAGACAUGGGGUUGCCAGGGUUCCAUGGAUCUCCAGGACUAAAAGGGCAAAAGGGCGAGCCGGGGCUCGUCAUCGCAGCAGAUGGAUCCAUGAUGUCACACCUGGCUGGACCAAUCGGGCCCAAAGGAGUAAAGGGAGAUGGCGGUCUUCCAGGACCUCCUGGAGUUCCAGGGCCAGUGGGGCCAGCAGGACCCAAAGGGGACAUUGGUCUCCCUGGACGUGCAGGCCGCCCAGGGCUGAUGGGGCCUAAAGGAGAGAAAGGGGAUCCCCGGGGGCUGCCUGGACUUCCUGGUCCUCCUGGACCUCCAGGUCGUCCUGGAAUUUUCAACUGUCCCAAAGGAACAGUGUUCCCAAUCCCCCCCAGACCCCACUGCAAAAUGCCCAACUGGUUCAGAGUUGUUGGGAGAUAUUUCUGCAUGCUGCAUGUCAACACUGGAAAGGUGAACAAUCGCUGUCAAGACCUGUCAGAGCUCAAUCCCAACGGAAGCAUUGCAGCUGGUAACUGCCAGUCAGGGCUAAAAGGAGAAAAAGGGGAGCCGGGUCCUCCAGGCACAGCAGCUGCUCCAUUCACUUUUGUCCCCAGAGGAAGUGUGGGCUCCAGAGGAGACCAGGGCGUCAAAGGGGAGAAGGGACAAAAGGGGGACUCAGGGUCUCCAGGCCAACCAGGGAUACCAGGGAGGUCCGGACUGGUGGGACCCAAAGGGGACUCUGUGCUCGGUCCUGCAGGCCUCCCAGGAGUGCCAGGCCCACCGGGGGCUCCAGGCUUUGGCAGACCAGGUCCUGUAGGUCCCCCUGGUCCUCCUGGCCCUCCUGGUCCCCCUCUGUUUGGAUCAGCUUGGUCCAAUGUUGGUCCCCCAGGACCUCCAGGACCCCCUGGACCCCCUGGUGCUUCAAGCAAUGCAGCAGCUAUAAAAACCUUUUCGACCCGAGAAGGCAUGAUGCAGCAAACCCUCCGGGACGCAGACGGGACUCUGACAUUCGUGACGGCGUCAGGAAGCCUCUUCCUGAAGGUUUCCCAGGGAUGGAAAGAGAUACAGCUUGGAAACCUGAUCUACCUCUCCAGUAACAUUAUUCCACAGGACGAGCCUCAAGCUGCAUUUCAUGUCAGAGGAGAAAUGCUGCAAAGAAUCCGCUCCAGUCCAGAAAGGCUGACCCUGGUGGCCUUGAACCAGCCGCACUCGGGCGACAUGAUGGGGCUGGACGUGGCUGACCGCAUGUGCUAUGAGCAGGCAAAGGCCAUGGGUUUGGCUCCCAACUACCGCGCGUUCAUUUCAUCCCACAAGCAAGACCUGGUCCAUGUGGUCUACCCUGGCUUCAGAGAAACUCUACCAGUGACCAACCUCAGGGGAGACGUGAUGUUUCAAAACUGGCGUUCAAUUUUCAGUGGCAAUGGGGGGUCGUUUAGUCCCCGAAUACCCAUCUACUCCUUUGAUGGGCGGGAUGUCUUAUUGGAUCCAUUCUGGCCGAAGAAAAGCAUCUGGCACGGCUCAACCAGUCGCGGCCUCAGGAUGGUGGACAAACACUGCGAGACGUGGCGUGCAGACGACCUCUCUGUGACUGGCCAGUCAUCCAGCCUGACCUCAGGGCUGCUGCUGGGCCAGCAAACGCGAAGCUGUUCCAACGAGUACAUCGUCCUCUGCAUCGAGACCCACAAAAACCUUUGACCUUUUCCCUGCACCACUUUACACACCAUCACUCCAAAACACCAUCACCAGGAUGGGUUCAGCUCAUCCUGGGUGCUGCCAUGUGUCCUGUUUGAGCUUCACCUCUUGCCUCCCAAACACCAACCUGUCGAUCCGUUUAUGAGGCCGUACAUUACUCCAGAAGACGACUCCAGGUAUGUUCUGUCCAGGUAAGACCAGGGGACAUUGAUGCUACGCUGAAGCUGAAAUCACUGCAGAACUACUAGGAGGCAUAUUUAAGACUGUUGGGAAAUAAACUCAUUUGAUGACAAGUGUGACAAAAAAACAUCCAAAGCUCAAUGUGGUCAUGACAUCCUGCCAAAAGCACCUUAAGUCUCCCUCCAGAACGAAGGUUCAGCAGUCCAAAGAAACAUCAGAGGGACUGAUGCAGAGAUGUGGACGUCUCCAACAUGUGGCAGUCCACAUGUUUUCAGAUGCAAAGUUCUUUUGUGACAUUUUUCUUUCUGCUUUGUCCUUUUGGACUUUUUUAUGACCUUAAAGAAAAACAUUUCCACUGAAAGAGACGAGCAGAGUUCAGCCAAAGUCAUCUUUAAUGCACUGUACCGUAUUUUCUUCUGUCAUAUCGUAGUUUAUUCUAUAGUUUUCAUCCUCUUUGUCAUUUUGGCUUCCCAACAGCUCUUUCCUCUACAGGGUUAUUUAAUUUAAUGUCAGUGAUUUAUUUAUACCGUCACAGCACAUAAGGUGAAAUCAGAUGGUUCAACUUAAGAAUGUAAAUCAUCAUUUGUUUGUCAAAUGGUUGUUUGUUCUCACUUUUUAUCUGCUGUGAUCUUUAGUUUUGUACUUUACCUUUUUUUUUAAAACAAAACUUGUCAAUUUGAGGCUAAAUUAAAGCUCAGAAGUAGAAUUGAUUUCAAUUAAGGAAGCAAAUUCGAUUGAUGUUGAAGAGAAAAACAAUGAAAGAGCAUGUUUUAGUAAAAAUGCUGGUGCUUUGUUGAAUAAAUCCUUUUCUUUUCAUAAA